AUGAAACGAACAAAACAAGAAGCUGAACCGAUUGAAGAACAUGAUAGUGGUUUUGUGGGGCCGAUGACACUAUUUGAUACAUUUCCCCACAAUGACACAUUUGCGGAAACACGUAGUCUUGAGUUAUUACCUAACCCACUUACUGAUAAUGCAGAAAUUUAUACAUUCAUGCAUAAUCGGCAAGAUUACGGUGUCAUUGAUAUGGUUGAUGCAAAAAUAUCUGCAGAUAUAAAAAUAGCGGUGGCUGGUACAGGUGCAGCACCGGCCGGUGAUCGAAAUAUCGCUGUUAAUAUAGCACCGUUACGUUACGGUUGGAAAACCAAAGCUGUUUAUUUAAAUAAUCAAUUAAUUACACCGCAAUCAAGUAAAGAAAAUGAACUUGAAUAUAUACACGAUUUUUUGACCACUGUCCCUUCCGAAUAUAAAGAUGAUCAAGAUAUCACAUUAAUGAUUCGUGAUACACCGGGUGCUGCAUCGGAUGACCCCACUAAUUUACAUCGGAAUGCAAAUGCCACGGGUAGUGUAAAUUUGGGUGCAAGAGCCCGUUAUGUUUUGGUAAAUACUGAUGUUGUGCAUGAAUGUCGGGAUAAAUGUGAUCUGUUGGGUCGUGUUAAACGCUAUGUGCCGACAUCUUUCGAUAUUAAAUUGGUUUUAACAAAGUUAGAUAAAACGAAGCUGCUAUAUGGUACGGCUGCCCAUUGUGCUCUUGUCGAAUUGAGGUUGAAUAAUUUAAAGUUGUCGAUGCCAAUUUUAAAACCAAAUGCUCAAUUAUCGUCGGCAAUUAAUGAUUUGAUGAUUCAAAAAGGUGAAGAAUGUCGUUAUUACAAGAUCACACAUCGUUAUCUGGCAAUACCCAUACCCGCAAAUAGUCGACACAUUGUACAUAAAGAUCUUUUUAACGGUGCUAGACCCACACGUCUUAUUACGAAAAUAAUAUCGCAAGAUCGUUACAACGGAUCACAUAUAUUAGCGCCUUACAAAGCCGGCUUUCCCAAUAUAACACGUUUUGCCGUGUCGAUUAAUGAAGCAGAAAUACCCCCUGUGAUAACCUCUGCCACAGACGCCUAUAUCAAUUUACGUCAAGUACUGGAUCGUCGAUAUAGUGAAAUGCCAUGCAAUUUUGCCGACUAUAAAUCCGAUUUUGGAAUGAUUGUUACAGAUUUAUCACCAAAUCGUGAUGGUUAUUCACAAGUUUUACCCAACGCCACAAGUGGGAAUAUCAGUAUUAAAAUUGAUUUUCGUAAUGAUACCGCAGCAGCCCAGCAACUGGUUUGUGUCGGUGAAUUUAGAAAUCAAAUGAGUGUCGGUUUCGGGACUCAAGCGCGUAUGAAAUAUGAAGUAUAAAGGAGCUUAAAUAAUAUUAUAUUGUAAUAGUUCAUCAUGAAGUGUUGUCGUAAACGUAAGAGAAGAAGUAAAAAACAAAAAGGGGUUAAAAAAAGGUCACAAAAAGGAGGUUGGAAUCAUAAAAAAUGGGAAAAAACGACACUAAAAUUGGCCCAAAUUGGUAGCGGUCCUCGUAAACAACGGGGCGGUGGUGAUUUUUGGAAAACGUUCGGGAAAGUAGCAAAUGAUACACGUCCUAGAAAACGUGAUUUUUACAAUCAAAAAGGUGGCUUUGGCUAUAUGGAUCCCCAAAAAUGGGCAAAAGAUAUUGCUGGAGAUUGA